CAUCUUUGAUUGAGAUAAGGUAAGGUUCUUUACCUGCUUCCACUUUCUACUUUUUCAUCACUUUCAUUUUCGUUCUCUCUUUUGCUAUCUAAUUUUCUGUUCAAGAUUCCUAACUUCCCUUCUUUAAAGGAACGAACUUUGCAUUCAAUUUGUUAUGGGUCGAUUCAAUUUCUGUUCGUUGUUACUACGUUGUUUUCAUCAUAAAAAUCGUGCUCAAUCAUAUUAAAGCUGUCUUUUUUUAAUUUUUUUUCAAAUUUAGGAAUAAAACAAUUCAUGUGAAGUAGUAAUUAAUAUGUUUGAUGUCGUCAGGAGUUAGUUACAAGUACAAUGGAGUUAAGAUCAUUGAUUUUGCAACCAAACUUGACACACUUGUUUCCAACAUUCACAUGCUGUGUCAAACUCAAACCUUCUUUCCAGCAUUUACAGAAUAAUAAUAAUAAGGAAUUAUCACUGAAAAUCCGUAGUAGAAGGGUAGGGGUUUUGGCUGCCAUAACUUCCUUGAUUUUGGGUGGAAAUGGAAUUUUUAGGACUCAAAGUGCAAAUGCAUUUGAGUUUAAAUUUGUGGCCCCUGAUAUGACAGUUGAAGAGGCAUUGAGUGGAGUGAGGGGUCAUGCACAAGAUUUGUUACAUGUUAGAGAUUUGUUAGAGUUAGAGUCAUGGAGAGCAGCACAAAAGACAUUGAGACAGAGCUCAGCAAUUCUGAAGAAGGAUAUUUAUAUCAUAAUCCAAAGCAAGCCUGGAAUUGAGAGGGCACAAUUAAGGAAGCUCUAUUCUACUCUCUUCAACAAUGUAACUAGACUAGAUUAUGCAGCAAGGGAUAAAGAUGGACCCCAAGUCUGGCAGUGUUACAAGAACAUUGUUGUGGCUGUCAACGACAUUCUAUCCAGAAUAUAAUGAUCCCUUGUCUUUUGAUAAUGGGAGAUUGAACUGUUCUUGAUAAGUUUAUGCGAACAGCUGACUAACUUGCUUGUUGCAAGAAGUGGAGUUGUGAAGGAUAUGCACUCAAAAGUAGGCUGCACAAAGGAAAAACCCUGUUAUAUAAAAUUAUAGACUAAGAGUUUGAUCAUUAAGAGUUAGAUAAUAUUGAAGGUUUAAUCAUAUUUGACAGAAAAAUGAUGCCCAGAUUCUGUGUCAUCAUUGAUCAGGAGCUUAAAAAGAGAACGAUUGUAAGCAUAUCAAUUUUGAUAAAGAGAAAUCUAAGCUUAAUUUUUUAUCUGCUCA